AUGCUUAUCAAAAUUGAGGAGGAAGAAGCCGCCCCCAUCAAAGCCGCCCCCAUCAAAGCCGAAGAGCUCGCAUCAAAGCCGAAGAGGAAGAAGCCGAAGCUGCCUGCAUCAAGGCCGAAGAGGCAGAAGGAGCCCGUAUCAACGCCAAGGAGGGAGAAGCUGCCCGCAUCAAAGCCGAAGAGGAGGAAGCCGCAUCAUAUCUUGUGA